CCCCCUGCACACACACACACCCCUGCCUCACCUUCACACACUCCUGUUCCCCCUGCACACACACACACCCCUGGCCCGAGCCCUGCCGAGCUGCCGCCUCCACAAGCUCCUGGUCGCAAACUCGGCUGGCUGGAGGAGGAAGAGGACGAGGACGAGGAAGACCCUCACAGGGAGGUGCUUAAGGAGUUUGAGCUGACCGUGACGUUGUCUAAGUCAUGGAGUGGCAGUUUUGGCUUCACCAUCAUGCGCAGUAAGCUGGACGGCUGCUACUACGUGCAGGAGGUCCUGGACAACCCUGCCCGCUCCGACGGGCGACUCCGAGGCGGAGACAGACUCAUUAUAGUGAAUGGACAUUACGUAACCACGGUGACGGAUGACAUGGCGAUGAGCAUCCUGCGCUCAUCGUCACGGAAACUGGUGAUGGUUUUGGGCCGGGCCGUCCAGAACCUCGUAGCCCCUCCCUCUGCAGACAGCCUACCUGACAUCAUCCUGCACAAAACAAUCACUGGACAGCUAGGCAUCAAGCUGACGGGGGGCAUUGGCAGUCACUGGCAGGGCAUCUACGUGCUGGAGGUGGUGCCCCUCUCCCCCGCCAGCGAGGAGGGCACCCUGCAGCCCCGAGACAAGAUCCUCUACAUCUGCGGCAGGUGCACCCUGGGAAUGACCCUGGAGGACGCCGUCAAGGCCUGCGAGAACGCCACACGCAAGGUCAAACUCAAGGCUCUCAGAGAGGAUCAACCUGUGACACCAAGGGCAAAGUGGAAUGGCCUGUUUGACUGGAAGAAGGAAAGAUUGACUGAAAGAUUUUUUCCUCGCUUUGAAGAGCCCAACUUACCUGAACCUGAAUACUUCCCUGAGGAAGAGAGACCAGAGAGGCAUGACAGUCCUGUGCGUUUCAGACCAAAGCAUUCGAUCCCUUCUCAGCAGGAGAGCUGUAUCAUCCAGGUGGAGUUCACCAAGCCUGAGGGAAGUGGGCUGGGCUUUGCCCUGAUGGGCGGGGCCAACGGAAGUGCUCUCAGAGUGAAGGAGAUCUGCAGUGGGGGCGUGGCCCAACUAGAUGGGCGACUCCGGGUGGGAGACAUACUGCUGGAGGUGAAUGAUGUGAUAGUGUCUGGUCUGAGUCACAGUAAGGUGGUUGACAUCUUGAGGCAGGCAGAGGGCGUGGUCCAACUCGUCGUCUGCCGAGACUACCUGUCUAUGGCCCCGCCCACUGAGCAAUUUCAUGCUCCGCCCACAGAUACAGAGGAAACUCCAGUGGUGGGGAAGAAAGAGGAUCCACCAGCGAUCCCCCUCAACAUCCCCCCUGACAACAUCAGAAGAGCCUCCGUACACUCAGAGGACAGUAGUAGCACUCCUCCUGUUCAGAGAUGUUGUCCAUCUAUGCGUGUUGGGGACCUGCUGCAGGACAGGUGUGCUUCUCUAUGUGUGUAA